AUGGAGACCACCAAGCUUCUUCUGCUCCGCAUGGGAUGUCGCUAUGAGGUCACGUUCAUGGAGAAGGAGAAGGGUUGGGCCAUGCUGCAGAACGUCAGAGACCAGCUCCAGGGGGUGACACUGCUGGCCAGAGCCAUGCUGCAUUUCGCUUGCCCUGAGGUCACGAGGAUCCUGGAUUUAUUGUUCUCUCUCCUCCACAAAGGCACUGAGAAAUCCACACCCACGGCCAUCGCUUUCUUUGUAGAGGUGGAAGAGGUCAAGGCCCUGUUGCCUUCACUCCUGGGGAGUUUGGAGGAGACCGAAGGCAGCGUGGUCACCGAGGGCCUCAUUGCCAUCCAGAACCUCUUGAAGUUCAUGCACAGGAACGACAUGGUCAUCCUCGCCGAGAAACUGCUUCCUUUGUUCAACAUUGAAGACGCCAAGGCACGCAAUUCUGCCAUCAGCCUCUUUGCCGAGCUGCCCAACGUGGUGAAGAAGAAGGAGAAGUACCUCAUUCAGGAGCAGAUGAGCCAGAGUCUGGUCCCGCUGCUCCUUCAUCUACAAGAUGAGGAGCCUGAGGUGGUGAAGGGAUGCCAGGAAGCCCUCGCCAGGUGCUUCCGGUUUCUGGGGUGGGUACUUCCAAAGAAGAUCACUAGCAAGAAGGCUUGGCACGACCACCCUGACGUUGCAGAGACCCUCUGCCGGCAAAUUUCAUGGAAGGUCAAGACCAUCCCCGCCAUCUUGCUCCAGUGCCUGGACCACCUGCAGGGCCCACAAGUCUCAAUCCGGAGAGCAGCGGCCAUCUUUAUCGGUUGUCUCGCCCAAUGUACAGAACCGGCUGUGAUCAACCAAGAAAGGAAAGACUUGAUAUUUCUCUCUCUCCACAAACUGCGAGAUGACCCUGAUCCUUCCGUGCGCGUGACCGCCUUGCAGGCCACUCGGAUGGUGCAGGAGGCUUGCGGGACCUCGCCCGCCUUACCGAGAGGGCAGACCCCCCUGCCCCAAGGCGGGAGCCAGGACAGGCAGGAGAGUGCCUCCGAAAGAGGGCACGGGGAUAUGCCGGAUCCCGCGCAAACCCACCGAUGGAACCCGGCCUCUCCCGUCUCCCACCGGAUCGUUGCCAGCAGUGCCAAGAAGAGGCCUCCUGGGCUAAUCCGCCAAGCCUGA